AUAAAAGAGCUUCGAACACAAUUUAGUAUUGUCUCACUUUAGCAUAUAAAUUGUCUUACAAUUGUUAUCUUUUGUAACUCUAUGUAGAUACAAACAAAAAUAAAAUAAAAAUAGGGAAGCUUAUGUUAUAUUCAUUUUUAUCUGCUGCCAGAGACUAAAGGAAAGGAUACCACUUUUUGAAUUGCUAUGUUGAGCAGAUUUGUCAUGCUGUUUCAUUUUUCUUUGACUUGUAUGUUUCAUAUGUUGUAAUACCAGACCCACACAUGGGGAGGUAAUCUUAAUUUUCAGUGGCAGUAUGCUACUUGCACUUCUCUUCCCAGCUAUUGAUUUAUGUGGAUAAUGAUGCUAUUGUCCAUAAUGAAAUCAUAAAAAUCUGUGAGGCCUGCCGUUUAUAUAUACAGAGGUGAUGGUCAAUUCCGUCUUCUUUUUACAGGUUGAAGGAGUAGAAGGCAUCAUGGCUGCUUAUGGUAGUGCUUUGAGGAACGUUGCACUUGCUGGACCCACUUUAUUCGGUCAAGUGAUCAACACUGCUGCAGAAAUAGCUGGUCGUUCGCUCUCCCAGGACAGCAGCAAGUAUUUUGUCUUGCUUAUUAUAACGGAUGGAGUCCUUACUGACCUCCAAGAAACUAAAGAUGCUUUGGUAAUGGCAUCUGAUCUACCCCUAUCCAUUCUUAUUGUUGGAGUGGGUGGUGCAGAUUUCAAACAAAUGGAGAUCCUUGAUGCUGACAAUGGACAUCGAUUGGAGAGUUCUACAGGGAGGAUAGCUACACGAGACAUUGUACAGUUUGUUCCAAUGCGUGAUGUACAUGGUGGACAGAUAUCAAUUGUUCAGAGUCUAUUGGAAGAGCUACCUGGUCAGUUCUUGACUUACAUGCGGUGUAGAGACAUCAAACCGCACACUGUUAAUCUCCCCCAAGCUCCUUUUCAAGAUCAUCCUGUCUAGAGCUCUAAAAAGAACUUUGAAGAAGUGGACUAAAACUACCCUAUCAAAUUGUGGCUAUUGUUUCCGGUGCUUUGAAUGAUACAGCUGCAAAGAAGUAUGAUUUGGAAGGAUGGUUUCCUGCGUCCAGCACUUACAGAGAACUUGUUUCCUGUUCAAACUGCAUUGACUAUCAGUCCAGGAGAUUAGAGAUUCGAUAUGGGUAGAAAAAGGGUAGACUAGUAGUAAUAUUUUUAGAUACACUAGUAGUUAUAUUUUUGGAUGGGUGUGUAUAGAAAAUAUUUCGUAGACUAUUAGUUAUAUUUUUCGGUUGAUGUACAUGGAUAAAAAUUUUAAACAUAAUAACAAGUAUUUGUUAUGUCUUAAAUUUUUAUGUUAGAAGAAAUAUAUAGUUUGGAAUUAUUUGUGGAUGAAAACUUAUAAUAGUUGCUGAUUUUAAUUAAA